CCCUCGCCUCGAGAAGUCCCGCACCUCACUGCUGCUGACGCAUCCGAGCGGAGCGUGCAUCUACUACUUUUUAUUCCUCAUUAACGGGACGCAUGUCGGACACCGUGGGAUAACCUGUUGAGAAAUGGGAACCGAAAGCAAAGUUUACACAGCGCAAACCGUAUAGUUGUCGACCGGUGAACCCCGGCAGGCCUACAUGGAAGUGGCCAGCGUGCAGCGGAGAGACUGGUGAACACUUUGUUGACAGCUAACGUGAAGUUAAGCCGCGGAGUAAAGCGUCGGUAACCGGCCUUCUCGAGCGGCUCCGGGGGCCACAAUACCCGGGUGCUUUCGGACUGGAUCUUAAACUCAGCUCAGCUGACAACCCUUUGACUGUCGGAUGCGGCCCCGGUGCGGCCCGCGGCCCACAUCGCGCUGAGGGACAUGGAGCUAGCCACGGCCGCCGACGGCCCCUGUGCCCCCCGCGGCGAAGCCCCCCCUGCAGGGGAGCAGGAGCCAAAGCGGUUCCCCGAUGGGUGCCUGACGGUGGUCCUGUACCAUCGGGGGAGGGGCCGGACCCGGGACGGGGACAAGAGCGGGGCGGACGCCGAGCUCACGUACCCGCCCGGGAGCUACGUGGGCCAGGAGCUGUGUGUGGACGCCGCCAAGGCCUGCGGCAUCACUCCCAUGCACUUGAGCCUGUUUGGUUUGAUGAGGGAGAGCGACCACAUGUGGCUUCCACCCAAUCACGUGCUCAAUCUGGAACCGUCAGCAAAUGAGAGAGUCCUGUUCCGAAUCAGGUACUAUUUCCCUGGAUGGUACAACAAUGGCAGUUCUUCCUGCGCCCACCGCUUCGGCACUGCCAAAGGGACCGAGAGCCCUGUGAUGGAUGACUGCACCAUGACAUACCUGUUCUGCCAGUGGCGCAGUGACUUUGUGAACGGCUGUGUGGAUGUGCCCCUGAGCCAGGAGGCCCAGGCAGAGUGUCUGGGCCUGGCCGCCCUGGACAUGAUGAGGCUGGCCAAGGAGGGUGACCAGAGCCCGGUGUACUUCUACAACCAGACCAGCUACAAGGCCUACCUGCCGAGGAACGUGCGCGCCCACAUCCAGAGGUACAACAUCCUGACGCGCAAAAGGAUCCGCCGGCGCUUCAGCAAGUUCAUCCACCGCUUCCAAGACUGCAAGGCGGCCGUGCGCGACCUGCAGCUCAAGUACCUGAUGUGCCUGGAGACCCUGCUGCCCUCGCUGCACGUCGAGCGCUUCCGGGCCAACGAGGUCACCAUCGUGGUCACCGGCAACAAGGGCAUCCAGUGGUUCCGGGAGAAGGAGGCGGAGCCCGGGGAGGAGGUGUUGAAGACGUACUGCGACUUUCCCGAGGUCAUCGACAUCAGCGUCAAACAGGCCAGCAAGGAAGGCUCUGUGGAGGGCCGCAUCGUGAGCCUCAGCACCCAGGACAAGCCGAGCAUGGACCUGGAAUUUCAUUCUCUGCAGGAAGCCCUGUCCUUUGUGUCAUUGGUGGACGGGUAUUACAGGCUGGUCGCCAACGCCCAUCACUACCUCUGCAAGGAGGUGGCACCGCCGCGACUCCUGGAAGCCAUCCGCAGCUACUGCCAUGGGCCUGUGUCGGUCGACUUCAGCACUCAUAAGCUGCGUUGUCUGGGGAACCACCAAGGAAUGUUCAUCCUGCGCAGCAGCCCCCGAGACUACAACACAUACUUCCUGUCCUUUGUUGUGAACGACUCGGGGGUGCAGUACAAGCACUGUCAGAUCAUGAAGACGGAGGCGGGCGAGUUCCUCCUCCAAGGGGCCUCCCGGAGCUUCGGCUCGCUGGAGGACCUCCUGCACCAGUACCAGAAGGAGGUGCUGCGCACCGAGGGUUUCACCUUCCAGUUCACCAAGUGCCUCCCCCCCACCAUCAAAGAUAAGUCCAACCUGUUGGUGUGCAGGAGCCCCCAGGGGGUGGAGGUCCCUGGUGACUCCCUGGCCAUCCACCAGCACCACAUCAACCAGAUGGUGUUCCACAAGAUACGCAAGGAAGACCUCACCCUUAAAAAAAGCCUGGGCCAGGGCACCUUCACCAAGAUCUUCUGCGGCGUGAGGAAGGAACUGCGGGACUACGGGGAGGUCCACGAGACGGAGGUCCUCAUCAAAGUCCUCGACAAGGCUCAUCGCAACUACUCUGAGUCGUUCUUUGAAGCUGCCAGCCUGAUGAGCCAACUAUCACACAAAUACCUGCUCCUCAACUAUGGUGUGUGUGUCUGUCGAGAAGAGAACAUGAUGGUGCAGGAGUACAGCAAGCUGGGCUCCCUGGACACGUACCUGAUGACGAAAAAGGCGUGUGUGAACAUCCCCUGGAAGCUGGAGGUGGCCAAGCAGCUGGCCUGGGUGCUGCACUUCCUGGAGAACAAGAACCUGAUACACGGGAACGUGUGUGCCAAGAACGUGCUGCUUAUCCGCGAGGGGGACUGCAAGAUGGGCAGCCUGCCCUUCAUCAAGCUGAGCGACCCCGGGAUCAGCAUCACCGUGCUGCCCAGAGACGUCUUGAUGGAGCGUAUCCCCUGGGUGCCCCCCGAGUGCAUCGAGAACGCACGCAACCUGAGCCAGGCGGCCGACAAGUGGAGCUUCGGGACCACCCUGUGGGAGAUCUGCAACCAGGGGGAGAAGCCGCUGGGCAACAUGGACAUCUCCAAGAAGAACCUGUUCUACGAGGACAAGCACCAGCUAGCCGUCCCCAAGUGGACCGAGCUGGCCAACCUCAUCAACAGCUGCAUGGACUACGAGCCGUCGCACCGGCCCUCCUUCAGGGCCAUCAUCAGAGACCUCAACAGCCUGUUCACACCAGACUACGAGCUGCUGGUGGAGAGCGACAUGCUGCCCAACCCGACCAGGGUUUUUGGCCUCUCCCUGACCCUGGACCACAGGGAGCCCACCCAGUUCAUGGAGCGCCACCUCAUCUACAUCAAGCAGCUGGGCAAGGGUAACUUUGGCAGUGUGGAGCUGUGCCGGUACGACCCCCUGCUGGACAGCACGGGGGAGGUGGUGGCGGUGAAGAAGCUGCAGCACAGCACCGCCGAGCACCUGCGCGACUUUGAGCGGGAGAUCGACAUCCUCAAGUCCCUGCAGCACGAUAACAUCGUCAAGUACAAGGGCGUGUGCUACAGCGCCGGACGGAGGAACCUGAGGCUGAUCAUGGAGUACCUGCCCUACGGGAGCCUUAGGGACUACCUGGUCAAGUACAGGGAGCGCUUCAACUCCCAGAAGCUGCUGCACUACGCAUCCCAGAUCUGCAAGGGCAUGGACUACCUGGCCACGAAGCGCUACAUCCACCGGGACCUCGCCACCAGGAACAUCCUGGUGGAGAGCGAGAUGCGUGUGAAGAUCGGAGACUUCGGGCUGACCAAGGUCCUGCCCCAGGGGAAGGAGUACUACACCGUCACCGACCCUGGGGAGAGCCCCAUCUUCUGGUACGCCAUAGAGUCCCUGACCGACAGCAAGUUCUCGGUGGCGUCAGACGUGUGGAGCUUCGGCGUGGUGCUCUACGAGCUCUUCACGUACAGCGAGAAGAAGUGCAGCCCCCCGACGGUUUUGAUGGACGAGAUGGGCAACGACAAGCAGGGCCAGAUGAUAGUGUACCACCUCAUUGACCUGCUCCAGAAACAAGGAUACCGCUUACCAGCGCCUGACAACUGCCCCAGCGAGAUUCAGAAGAUUAUGGCGGACUGUUGGCAUGGCGACCCGGCCCUGAGGCCCACCUUCCGGGAGCUGGCGCACAGCGUGGACGUGACCCGGGACAGCCAGGUGGGGUGAGGUUCAACCUCCGCCCCUCCCCUCGGGCCGUCCACCCCUCUCCCUCUCUCGCUCAUCAGAUUUCAGGAAGUGAAGAGUUCUGAGCCAAAUCAUGAAAUCCAAACCUGGUUCUGAUUCUACGUUCCACAAGCCUCAAAGGACCCGUCUGGGGGAUGCAGCCACACAGCCGCCCGUCCUGGUCUCGCUCAAACCUCCAUGACCAGGGUCACUGGCCCCAAUGACCCUGUCAGACCACCUCUGCCGAACAGCAUUCAGCAGAUACCUCAGUACCUCAACCACAUUUGUCUUGACGUUGAUUACAGAGUGUUACAUUUGAUGAAUUCUCAUACCAAAUCAAGUCUUUCUCUCUAUGUUUUGAAGGGAUGCUUGAGCAGGGCAGUUCUUUUUAUAUUUUGUUGCAUUUAGGUUGUUCACGUCGACUGAAACUUGACAAUGGCAAGUCAAAUGUGAGUUGAAGUGUUUUUUCAGUGUUCCUUUGAUACAAUGGCCCUGUUCCCUAUUAUAUGUAUAUGACUAGUAGCCAGACGGGACUGCCUGGAUACGAAUCGACUACCGCAGUAGACACCCGGCACCAGAAGUCGAACCUAUUACCUAAACAGCCAUGCUACAUACCUUGACGUUAACCUAAUAUGGACCUCCUCUUCCUCUUGUCGCCCUUCUUAUGGACUUGUCUGUUUCUGUGAAGCAUUGGAAGACACAGGUGAGGAGAAAGAGAGAAGAGGAGAUUAAGGCAGAGGACCAAGACUGGGGGGUCAGACCCCGAGCACGGAUAGGGGACCACGGACCAUGUCAAGGGGGUCCUUAAUGCCGCGUUUCCACUGCAGGGUGCGGAACGGAUCGGAUCGCAAAGGUGCGGUAGGAAGGGGGCGGUAUAGCCCAGCUCAGUUCCGAGGUCGUGUUUCCACUGCCG